AUGCUGGUCAUCCGCGUUCUUUGGCUGCAGGCCGCCCUGGUGGCAGCCCAGCUCCUUGAUUUAGGAGGAGGAGGAGGAGAUGCCGGCGGUGACGAUACCAAGACGUCGGCCGUUGAAGGAAGCCGCCCAGCAGAGACGACCGCCGCGGGAGGAGGAGGUCUGCUGGGUGGGAUAGUCGGUGGUGUGGCCGAUGCCGCAAGUGACAUAUUGGACCCCGUCGUCGGACCAACCGGAUUGUUGGGCGAAAAUGAUGCUUCAGCGGCCGCACCUACUUCCGCGGAAGCUGAAAACCCUCCAGCUGCGACCUCCACCGAGAAAGCCGCCGAUCCAGAGCCCACACCGGCGCAGAGCGAGGACACCGCAGCCCCAGCGACAACCCCAGAGCCUGAACCCAAGCCUACUUCGACGGCCGCAGCGGAGCCAACUCUAGAGCCGACAUCUCGGGAACCACCAGCCCAAGAAACUGAGAAGGCACCGCCGGCAGACGACCAACAGCAACAGUCUACCCCAACGGCCAACCCAGCUCCGGCGGAAGAGACGGCUGCACCGCCGGCAACAUCGGCAGCGGAAGCCCCAGUGCCGACAUCCGGCAACAACAACAAUAACGACAACGGUAACAACGGCAACAAUGGAAAUAACGGAAACAACAACAACGGCAACAACGGUAACAGCGGCAACAACAACAACGCCGGCGUAGUCCCACUCCCCAUCCCGGCCGCUUCCACAGCCGCUGUCUCCUCAGCCGCAGCAGCACCAGCCAAGCCUACGUCCCAGGCAAACCAACAAGCCAGCUCUGUCCGUCCCGUAUCCACCCUCGUGACCUCAGCCGGCCGAACCUUCGUCUCCGUGUUCGUCCCACCCUCGCCCACCGGCGGCCGCCUAGGCGCCAUCAACAACCAAGAAGGCAACAACGCGGCCGCCGGGCCUUCCUCCAACACGGGAACCGACACCUUCCAGCAGUUCCCCUCGUCAUCCGCCGCGUCGGAUACCGACAACAGCAACAACAACGGCGGUGACCCAGCUAACACAGACACCACCAACCCCAACGACACGUUGCAAGACAGCAGCGGCAACGCCAUUGCCAACCCACUCACCCCGAACAACGGCGCCGGAGCCGGAAACGGCAUCGGCUCCGAUACCUCAGCCACAUCCAUGCCCCUGCAAACCAAGAUCGGCAUCGGCGUCGGCAUUGGCGCCGGCGCGGUCGUGCUAGCCGUGAUUACCACGCUGAUCCUCUGGAAGCGACGGAUGAGACGCCGUCGGCACGGUGGAUCGUCGUCUGCGGCCAUGACCGGGGAUAGCGAGCACGGGUUAGGUGGUAGGGCGGGCACGCCGGAGGAAAAGGCCAAGAUGGAUUUUGAGAGUGAGCAUGAUGUGGCGUUUGAUUUCGGGGGAUUUUUUAGGCAGAGGAGUGCUGCGGCUGCUGUUGGGGCUGGGGCUGCGGGGAGGAAGGGUUCGGCGGGUAGUGCUGGUGGUGGUGGUAGUGUUGCUCAUUCGCCGAAUCCUUCUUCUGUGACUUCUGUGACGGGGGAGAUGGUCGGGUCGCCUGUGGGAGGGUCGCCAGUGGCCGGGCCGGCGAAGAAGUUGGCGGUUGUCAACGGUGAUGAUGAUCGGUUGCCUGCUUUUGAGUUGCCGCAGCCGCAGCAAGCCCAGCCACGACAGAUCAUUGCGGAGCUUGACGGAGGUGAGGUUCCGCAGUAUCGUGGGGUUCUUGGUGUCGGGCGGUAG